AUGUCGCUUCGCUGGGGAAUACUUGGCGCAGGCAAUAUCUCGGGCCAGUUUGUGCACGAUUUGGUCGCGAGCAACAAAAAUGGAGACAACGCCCACGUGAUCAUCAGCGUGGGCUCUUCCGACACGGGCAGGGGCGAGUCGUUCUUACAGAAGCACGGCGUGGCGCCCGAAAGCAACCAGGGCGUGGCGCCGGUUGCACAGAUAUACACUGACUUUUUCUGUAACCCGCAAAUAGACAUUGUUUACAUCGGCACCCCCCACACGUGCCACAAGGACCAGGUAAUGCGGGCCUUGCGCCACGGGAAACACGUGCUUUGUGAAAAGCCGUUCACCGUCACGGGGGCGGAUGCACGCGAGGUGUGGGCCGAGGCUGAGAAGAGCGGCUUGUUUGUCAUGGAGGCUGUCUGGACGCGUUUCUUUCCGCUAGUCGGCCAUGCAAGGAGGCUUCUCCAUGAGCAGAAGGUGUUGGGCGAUGUGCAUCGGAUGACGGCCGAUUUCUCCAUGGCCGCUGAUGUCGCCAGCCUCCCCAAGACUUCCAGGGCACGUGACAUCGGUCUUGCUGCUGGAGCCACGCUAGACGUUGGCAUCUAUCCCUUGACAUACAUGCGGGCGCUAUUGGCCGGGUCCAGCAGCGCCGGAUUCGAGGUCAAAUCGUUCCUCACGCUUGAUCCUGAGGACCGCGUUGACCACGUGGCCACGUACAUUGUCAAGUUUGACGAUGGCAAGCAGGCAGUGCUCACGAGCAGCAACCAUGUCGAUGGGCCGUCGCCUUUUCUCAGGGUGGAAGGAACGCACGGCACGUUGGAGAUGUAUGCGCACAACCCGGCGCAGCCCCAGAAAAUCCGUGUUGUUUACAGAGACGGCAGGGACGAUCUUGAACUCAGGGAUGACACCGUCACGUCCGGCUACAACGGGUUUAUUCACGAGGCGAACGCUGUGGCGGCGGCGAUCAAGGCAGGCCAGAAGGAAUGUGCGGUGAUGCCUUGGAGCGAGACCCAGCUCAUGAUGGACACGAUGGACCAGAUCCGGUGGGAAAACAAGCUUUACUACAAGGAGGACAACCGGUGA